AUGCAUCGCCUCCGUCUCAUGCAUACCUCCACUACCUCCCUGUCUGCUCUCAUCAUCAUGCUGAGUGUUACUCAGCUUUCCCAGGCCACCUCUGAUGCCUCCCACAGUAGCCCAGGGAACUGUUCUGGGGAGAACAGCUGCUCUGAGGGCGUGGUACUCCCUAUAUGGAACCCCCAGAACCCAUCAGUGGGCGAUAAGGUGGCACGUGCCAUUGUCUAUUUCGUUGCCCUCAUCUACAUGUUCCUGGGAAUGUCCAUCAUUGCAGAUCGCUUCAUGUCCUCAAUUGAGGUCAUCACGUCACAAGAGAAGGAAAUCACCAUUAAAAAACCCAAUGGAGAAACUAGCACUGCCACAGUGCGCAUCUGGAAUGAGACAGUGUCCAACCUGACAUUAAUGGCAUUGGGUUCUUCAGCACCAGAGAUCCUGCUGUCUGUGAUUGAAGUCUGUGGGCACAAGUUUGAAGCUGGUCAUCUUGGUCCAAGCACCAUAGUAGGCAGUGCUGCCUUCAACAUGUUUAUCAUCAUCGCUAUCUGUGUCUACGUGGUGCCCGAUGGUGAAGUGAGAAAGAUAAAACACUUAAGGGUCUUUUUCGUGACCGCAGCUUGGAGUGUGUUUGCUUACAUCUGGCUCUACAUGAUCCUCUCUGUAUUUUCCCCUGGCGUGGUGGAGGUUUGGGAAGCUGUGUUAACAUUCCUCUUCUUUCCCAUUUGUGUGCUCCAAGCCUGGAUCGCAGACCGUCGUUUGCUCUUCUACAAGUACGUUCACAAGCGCUACCGUGCGGACAAGAAUCGUGGCAUCAUCAUUGAAACGGAGGGUGAUGGUAUGUUCACAAAGAUGGACAUGGAGAUGGAUGGGCAGGGCACCAACUCUCACCACAAGGAGGUUCUGGAUGGCAUGCUUGCUGGUGUGGAAGAGGGAGGAGGCGGUGGAGGAGGAGGUGGAGAAGAAGAAGAGGCACGAAGGGAAAUGGCUCGGACGCUGAAGGAGCUGAAGCAAAGGCACCCUGAGAAGGACAUGGAGCAGCUGAUUGAAAUGGCCAACUACCAGGUGUUGGUUCAGCAACAAAAGAGCAGGGCGUUCUACCGCAUCCAGGCCACACGCAUGAUGAUUGGCGCAGGGAACAUCCUGAAGAAGCAUGCUGCAGACCAGGCUAGGAAAGUAGUGAGCUGCCAUGAGGCCAAUGCGCAAGAAGAGGAUCCUCACACCGUCUACUUGGAGUUUGAGCCCUCUCACUACCAGUGCUUCGAGAACUGUGGUUCCCUCAAACUGGCUGUGGGCAGACAUGGAGGUGACAGUGGCUGCACAGUAAAGGUGGACUAUCGUACUGAGGAUGGCACAGCUAAUGCUGGCUCUGAUUAUGAGUUUGCUGAGGGGACGCUGGUCUUCAAACCAGGCGAAACCAUAAAGGAGUUGACGGUUGGCGUAAUUGAUGACGACAUCUUUGAGGAAGACGAGCAUUUCUACGUGCACCUCAGUAACCCACGUGUCGUUCAUCGAGCCGAGGUCUCCAUUCUCGAUCCAGAUGCCCCAGGUAAUAGCCUUUUAGGUUCCGUCCCCAUUCAGCCAAAAGCUGCGCUGGGUACUGCUCACACUGCCACGGUGACCAUCUAUGAUGACGACCAUGCGGGGAUCUUCACAUUCGAGAGCGCAUCGAUGCGUGUGAGUGAGAGUGUGGGCAUCAUGCAGGUGAAGGUGCACAGAACAUCUGGAGCACGAGGAAAGGUGGCCGUGCCAUUCCACACCAGUGAGGGGACUGCCAAGGCUGGAGAGGACUAUGAGGAGGUGGCUGGAAAAUUGGAAUUCCUCAACGAUGAGACCAUGAAGAUGCUUGAGGUGAAGAUUAUUGAUGAUGAGGAAUAUGAGAAGAACAAGACCUUCACCAUCCACCUGGGGGAACCCAUCCUGCUGGAGAUUGGACAGAAGCAUGGAGAUUCCAAUGACAACAAGCCAGCAGUAGGGAUUGAGGAGGAAGAGGUGGCCAAAAUGGGCUGCCCAUGUCUGGGAGAGCAUAUCAAGCUGGAAGUGGUGAUCGAAGAGUCGUAUGAAUUCAAGAACACGGUGGAUAAGCUGAUAAAGAAGACUAACCUUGCGCUGGUCGUGGGCAGCAGUAGCUGGCGAGAGCAGUUUGUCAGUGCUGUCACUGUCAGUGCAGGCGAUGAUGAUGAAGAAGAGAGUGGCGAAGAGCGCUUGCCAUCUUGCUUUGAUUACAUCAUGCACUUCCUGACCGUCUUCUGGAAGGUCCUGUUCGCCUUCGUUCCACCCACGGAGUACUGGAAUGGCUGGGCUUGCUUCUUUGUGUCUAUCGUGCUCAUCGGCGUGUUGACCGCCGUCACCGGAGACCUGGCCUCCCACUUUGGCUGCACCAUUGGCCUGAAGGACUCCGUCACAGCCGUGGUGUUUGUGGCCCUUGGCACCUCAGUACCUGACACCUUUGCCAGCAAAGUGGCUGCCAUCCAGGACCAGUACGCCGAUGCCUCCAUCGGCAAUGUGACGGGCAGCAAUGCUGUGAAUGUCUUCCUGGGCAUCGGCGUGGCGUGGACCAUCGCCUCUGUCUAUUGGCACAGCAAAGGUCGGCAGUUCCACGUGCCACCUGGCUCGCUGGCUUUCUCCGUCACACUCUUCACCAUGCUGGCACUGGGCAGUGUGCUCACGCUGCUGUACCGCCGUCGGGCCUCGGUCUCUGGAGGAGAGCUCGGGGGGCCGCGGACCGCCAAGCUGCUCACCGCUCUGUUCUUCCUCACCCUGUGGCUCAUCUACAUCCUGCUGGCUUCGCUGGAGGCCUACUGCCACGUGCCUGGCUUCUGA